AUGGCAGAUAGUAUGCAAGAAGAAAGCAAUCAUUAUGAUGUUAAACAAUGGCAACAUUGUUCACUAUUUAAUUUAGAUUUAUUUAAUGAUGAACAUGAUCAUUUAAAUAUAAAUAAAGAUAUAAUUAACAAUAUCAAUAUUGAUGGAUGUUGUUGUUCAUUAUCAACACCAAAUGUUGAUGAUUCAUCUCGAAAAAAAUAUUUAAAUCAUUCAUGUUCAUUUGCUGUUCUACAAAAAAAUUAUACAACUCAACUUGAACAUGUUGCUGAAAAAUUACUAUCAAAUGAAACUAGUACAAUAAAUCAUUGUUGUUGCUGUUCAAUAUAUGAAACAAAUGAUACUAAAGCACAAUCACUUAAUCGAAAGAUUCUUCUUGGUUCAACAGCUAUUCUUGAUAAUUUCCUUCGAAAUAAUCUUAAAACAUCGUUACUUACUAAUUCAAAUAAUCCUUCAUCAUCUUCAUCAGCAGCAACAACAACAGCAACAACAACAACAAAUAUCAAUAUAACAUCAACAGUUACUGCUAGUAGUAAUAAUCCAAGACGAUGGCAUUCCGAACGAGGUAGUCGUCAUACAAAUGUUCGUGCUAAUUUACCAUUAACAAUAGCUCAACGUCAAGUGCUCGAACGCUAUAUGAAUUAUCCAAUUAUUAAGCGACCAACAAACAUUCAUUCGAAUCAUCGAUCACAUCAUCGUCAACCAAUAACAGGAAAAGUUAUUGAAAAUACUGGAGCAGCUCUUUCUACUCUUACUGAACAAUCAUUAAACACAACAACACCAAUGGUUAAUACUACGAUGCAUGUUCGAAAAAAUAGUACAUCAUUAAAUAAUACACAUCAACGUCAAGUCUGUUCAAAUUUAUCAUCAACUACAGCUCAUCAUAGUACAUUAAAUAGACAAUUGUUUCUGGUUGAUAAAAUGGAAGAUUCACAAAAUGAUAAUAACCAUGAACAUCAGUCAAUAUCAUCAUCGCAACUUGAUGAACAUCAUGAAUUAUCAAUUCUACCCGAAACAUUAAAUUCUCAUUCGAAUUUAUCUGAAACAUUAUCUCCAUGUACGAUUUGUUGCGAAUUGAAAUGUUUACAAAAACGACCAUGUUGCAAUUUUUAUGUCUGUUCAACAUGUAUAAGUGUUUAUGUUGAACAAAAGAUAGAACAAGGUAUGAUUAGUAUACAAUGUCCAAAUCAACAAUGUCAUAUGUUUAUGCAUCGAGACGAAAUACAUAAACGUUGCAUAUCACCAGAAAUACGACAGAAAUUCACACGAUUUUUAAUUGAGAAUAAUCGUUCAAUCAAUAUCAAAACAUGUCCAAGAUGUUCAAAUAUACAUGAAAUAGAUGUUGAAUUAUGUCGAUCAAUGCGACAAGCACCAACAAAAGUUCAAUGCGUAGAAUGUAAUUUAAUUUGGUGUUUUCAAUGUCAUUCACCAUGGCAUGAUGGCAUACAAUGUAAAGAAUUUCGUCGUGGUGAUCGAAUGUUAAAAAAAUGGGCCAGUGAAGUCCACUAUGGACAACAUAAUGCACAACAGUGUCCAUCAUGCAAAGUUUAUAUUCAAAGAACUAAUGGAUGUGAUCAUAUAGUUUGUCUUCGCUGUAAAACUGAAUUUUGUUAUAAAUGUGGCGAUCGUUUUCGCGAUAUUAAAUUUAUAGGCGAUCAUUAUAGUGAAUUGAGUGUUCUUGGUUGCAAAUAUCGCUUUUAUCCAGAUAAUCCAUUAAAACGUCGACUUAUACGUGGUUCAAUUCUCGGUGGAAAGAUUCUGGCUGCACCAAUCGUUUUGUGUUUAGCAGUUGUAACUGGUGCCGUGUGUGCUAGUAUUGGCUUUCCAGCUUAUUGUUGUUUUAUGCUUGUUCGACAAAUUAAAGCUAGCCGACGAAAACAUCGUCUUGCAACAGCAAAAGAACCUGUUUUAAUGAGUUAUAAAGCAUUGAAUAAUACUGUACCACAAUUAAUUCCACGCGAGCCGAUAAAUAUGAACGGUAUUAAACCAGGAUUUAAUUCAAUUCGAUCAAUUAUUCCCAAUCAUAAUGGUAUUGAAAUCGAUCUACCGAGUAAUGCACCAAUUGCUAUUUUUGAUGAAUGUGAUAUUCAUAUUUCAACAAAUCAAAAAGUUUCAUUAUGA